CUUUUCGCGAUUCCAUUGAACUUUUGACUAAACGACAACGACAUUUGGUGAAGAAUAGACACAACUAGUCCUCUUCAUCAAUCGCAGUCAUGGGUAUCUCUCGUGAUUCUCGUCACAAGAGAUCCGCUUCCGGUGCGAAGCGCGCAUACUAUCGUAAGAAGCGUGCUUUCGAGAAGGGCAGACAGCCAGCGAACACUCGUAUCGGUGCCAAGCGUGUCCACCUUGUCCGCACUCGCGGCGGCAACCGCAAGUUCCGAGCUCUUCGUCUCGAUACCGGCAACUUCUCAUGGGGCUCCGAGGCCAUUACCCGGAAGACCCGCGUAAUCGGUGUCGUCUACCAUCCAUCAAACAACGAGCUUGUCCGAACAAAUACUCUGACCAAAUCUGCCGUGGUCCAGAUUGAUGCUGCGCCAUUCAGACAGUGGUAUGAGGCUCAUUACGGUACAACCAUUGGCAGGAGACGACAGCAGAAGACUGCAGAUUCGACGGAGGCCAAGAAGCUUAGCAAGAGCGCCGAAGCUAAGUACUCCGCCCGUCAAAAGACUGCCAAGGUCGAGCCUGCGGUUGAGAGACAAUUCGAGGCUGGCCGUCUUUACGCGGUUGUUUCUUCGCGACCAGGACAGAGCGGUCGAUGCGACGGUUACAUUCUGGAGGGUGAAGAGCUGGCUUUCUACCAGCGUGCCAUCAGGAAGUAGAAGUGUUGUUAGUGUCAUUAUCGGAGAUCAUGGUUACGGCGAAUUGCAUUUGCUGGGUCUUAACUUGUGCAAGACAGUUCGGCAUACUGGGAUAGGCGUAGAAUGCGUCACAAUGUCGAAAAUGAGAUGGAGCCAUAGUACGCUCUGAAUUGGAACAAAAUGCGCAUUCUGCUUGCACGAUUACUUUCGAUUUUCAAUUCGUGAAACUUAUACAAGUGCGAAGCUCUCAUCAUUUGACGCAGGUGAAUAUUGCGAACUGCGUUUCGCUUAGGCAAGCGCCAUCCGCAAUCAAUACGAUUGUCAUGUAGAUAAUAUAUGCUGCCUUGGUUUCCCCCUUAAUCCUCACCGACAAAUU